AUGGGUAAAGCAGUAUGUUGCUUGUUACUUAUGGUAUUGAUUGCCAGGAACCACGCUGUUGUUGUAAAUAUAAAAACUAAAGGUGCCAUAGGAGAUGGCAAAGCUAACGAUGGCCCGGCAAUGGAGAAAGCUUGGAAAGAAGCAUGCGCAGGAGGACCAGCACCAAGCUCGGUGUUGAUUCCACCUGGGACUUAUAUGGCAUUUCCUCCGAUUCUUUUUGGUGGUCCAUGCAAGGGUCCGGUUGAGAUCAAGGCCACCGGAGCCACCAUCAAGGCCCCACCUGAGCUUGCAAGGUUCAAAUCCGACAGUUGGAUUGCCGUCCAGUAUAUCAAUAAGUUGACUAUGACUGGUGGUACUUUUGACGGCCAAGGCCAGGAAACAUGGAAGUCUAAAAAAUGCUCCGAUACAGCUCAAACAUGCCAAGUACCAGUCAAUAUCAGAUUCAGUUACGUCAAGAAUUCAUUGUUGAAAGACAUAACGUCUCUCAAUAGCAAAUACUUUCACAUCAACAUAUUGGGUUGUGACAACACCAUCGUUGAUCAUCUUACCAUCUUUGCACCGGACAAAAGCAUCAACACAGAUGGAAUGCACAUCGGGCGGACAAACGGGCUCAACAUCACUAAUUCAAAGAUACAAACCGGUGAUGAUUGCAUUUCUUUUGGAGAUGGAAGCAAGAACAUCCAUGUGGAGAGGUUGACCUGCGGACCUGGACAUGGCGUAAGUAUCGGAAGCUUGGGCAAAUAUGCAAAUGAGCAACCUGUAGAUGGAAUCUGGAUCAAGAACUGCACCAUGGAGAGAACCACGAACGGAGUGAGGAUCAAGACCUGGCCUAAUUCUCCCCCAGGAGUCGCCACCAACAUACAUUUCGAAGAUAUCAUCAUGAACAACGUAGAAAAUCCGAUAUUGAUCGAUCAACAAUACUGCCCUCAUAAUACUUGCAAGAAAGGUGCUCCGUCGAGAGUGAAGAUAUCAAACGUGAGCUUCAAGAAGAUCAGGGGAACAUCGGCAACAAAGGUGGCGUUGCGGAUUGUUUGUAACCAAGGAUUACCAUGCGACAACAUAGAGGUGUCUGGUAUCAACUUGACAUAUAAAGGAGGAGGAGGUGCCAUCUCUGAGUGUUCUCACGUCAAGCCCAGAGUAGUCGGUCAAAACAUCCCUCCGGCUUGUCCAGGUGCCCCACAUCAUAGGGCAGUAUGA